AUGGACACGUCGGAAUUUGUGGAAUUUGCUAAGGCGACUAUAGACUACGUUGCGGAUUAUACUGAGACUUUGAGAAACAAAAACGUAUUACCGGAUGUGGAGCCGGGUUACCUUAGUAAGUUAUUGCCUAAAGAAGCUCCGCAAAAAUCUGAGAAAUGGCAAGAGGUUCUAAAAGAUGUGGAACAAUACAUUAUGCCAGGGAUAACACACUGGAACUCGCCACAUUUUCACGCAUAUUUCCCAACGGCUAACUCUUAUCCGGCUAUCGUUGCUGAAAUUUUGAGCUGCGCUAUCAGGUGUAUAGGUUUUAGCUGGAUAACAUCUCCGGCUUGCACCGAACUCGAGGUCAUUACAUGUAAUUGGCUUGGCAAAUUGUUAGGGCUACCUAACGAAUUUUUGAAUUCUCCUAAUGGGACAGGUGAAGGAGUCAUUCAGGGAUCUGCAAGUGAAUGUACAUUUCUAUGUCUGUUAGCUGCGAAAGACCAUACAACGCGUCGAGUAAAACGUCUUCAUUCCGAGAUGGAUGAGAAUCAUAUUAAAUCUAAAUUAGUCGCAUAUACCUCCAAUCUGUCCAAUUCUUCAGUGGAGAAGGCAGGAAUUUUAGGAUCAAUGCCAAUGAGGUUACUACCAGUGGAUGAUAAGUGCUCUCUACGCGGAGAAACUUUGAAGAAAGUAAUACAGGAAGAUUUGGAGAAAAGUCUUAUACCGUCUUACGUCGUCGCUACUUUAGGAACUACUGGCACCUGUGCUUUCGACAAUAUCGACGAGAUAGGGCUAAUAUGCAAAGAAUAUAACAUAUGGUUGCACAUUGACGCUGCUUACGCAGGUGCAGCAUUUGUUUGUCCGGAAUAUCGUCAUUUGAUGUCCGGCGUUCAGUAUGCGGAUUCUUUUAACGUGAACGCGCACAAGUGGUUACUUACAAAUUUUGAUGCUUCGGUAUUGUGGGUAAAAGAUUCGAGACGACUUAUAGAAACUUUCAGUGUUAACAGAAUAUAUCUUGCCCAUGAUAAGGAAGGAUUUGUACCGGAUUAUAGAGUAAGACAGAUACCAUUAGGUCGACGUUUCCGUUCACUAAAAUUAUGGUUCGUCAUACGUAUUUAUGAAGUGCAAGGACUUCAGGAGCACAUUAGACGCACCAUAAAACUAGCGCAGCUUUUUGAGAAUUAUGUCAGAUCAGAUGAUAGGUUCGAAGUAGUCACCGAAGUGGUUAUGGGUCUAGUCUGUUUCCGUAUCAAGGGUGAUAACAGUUUGACAAAGAAACUUGUAGACCGUCUACAGGCUAGAAAACAAAUUUAUCUCAUCGUCAGCACGUAUCAGCAUAAACUUGUUGCUAGAUUUGUCGUAUGCAGUCGAUUAUGUCGUGAAGAAGAUAUUGCUUUCUCGUGGAAUGAAAUAAGUAGACAGACGACAGAAAUUUUGCAGGAAAGUUUUCGUAAACAAUCGGUUCGAAACAUCGUGAAAUCAACAGAUGAUAUUGCGACAAGGAUAGAAAAUUUGAACUUAGAAACGAAAGAAAUUUCGCAAAAAAUAUCGUAA